GGGUCUGCGGGGAGCCCGAGCUGGGGCGGGCCCGAGUCAAAGGCAAGUGAAGGUGGAAGCGGCAGCGGCGGCAGCAGGUAGGGGGAGGGGCAGGCGAGGGGCCGCAGGGCCUGGAAGGCGCCAGCCGGGUAGGUGGGCGGUGUGAUUGAUCCCCGUCCCCUGGAGCUGGCGGCUCUGGGGAAAGGGCCGGCACUGAGGGGGCGCUCGGCUGCUGCGCACAAAGCCUGAGGCUCCGAGAGCGGCAGGGCGUGUUUGGGACCCCAGAGUCAGGAGUGAGAACCCUGACCCCUAAUCCCACUACAUCCAGCCAAUAGGAGCCCAGCAUCAUGGCGGAGCUGCAGGAGGUGCAGAUCACAGAGGAGAAGCCACUGCUGCCAGGACAGACGCCUGAGGCGGCCAAGACUCACUCUGUGGAGACACCGUAUGGCUCUGUCACUUUCACUGUCUAUGGCACCCCCAAACCCAAACGCCCAGCGAUCCUUACCUACCACGAUGUGGGACUCAACUAUAAAUCUUGCUUCCAGCCACUGUUUCAAUUCGGGGACAUGCAGGAAAUCAUUCAGAACUUCGUGCGGGUUCAUGUGGAUGCCCCUGGAAUGGAAGAGGGAGCCCCUGUGUUCCCUUUGGGAUAUCAGUACCCAUCUCUGGACCAGCUUGCAGACAUGAUCCCUUGCGUCCUACAGUACCUAAAUUUUUCUACAGUAAUUGGAGUUGGUGUUGGAGCUGGAGCCUACAUCCUGUCGAGAUAUGCUCUUAACCACCCGGACACAGUUGAAGGUCUUGUUCUCAUCAACAUUGAUCCCAAUGCCAAGGGUUGGAUGGAUUGGGCAGCCCACAAGCUAACGGGCCUCACCUCUUCCAUUCCGGAGAUGAUCCUUGGACAUCUUUUCAGCCAGGAAGAGCUCUCUGGAAAUUCUGAGUUGAUACAAAAGUACAGAAAUAUCAUUACACAUGCACCCAACCUGGAUAACAUUGAAUUGUACUGGAACAGCUACAACAACCGCCGAGACCUGAACUUUGAGCGUGGAGGUGAUAUCACCCUCAAGUGUCCUGUGAUGCUGGUGGUAGGAGACCAAGCACCUCAUGAAGAUGCAGUGGUGGAAUGUAACUCAAAACUGGACCCCACCCAGACCUCGUUCCUCAAGAUGGCUGACUCUGGAGGUCAGCCCCAGCUGACUCAGCCAGGCAAGCUGACUGAGGCCUUCAAGUACUUCCUGCAAGGCAUGGGCUACAUGGCCUCAUCCUGCAUGACUCGCCUGUCCCGGUCUCGUACGGCCUCUCUAACCAGUGCAGCAUCCAUUGAUGGCAACCGGUCCCGCUCUCGCACCCUGUCUCAGAGCAGCGAGUCUGGAACUCUUUCUUCGGGGCCCCCGGGGCACACCAUGGAGGUCUCCUGUUGAAUGACCCUUGUUGCCCUAGUGUGGGACCCAGCCCUCACCUCCCCCAGAACUAACCUGGGAGGUGCUGAAGGGGCAUUGGGCCAGAGUAAGCAAGGGAAAAAGGGCAGAUCACGUGGGGAGAUGACCUUGAUCUUUGAUUGCUACCCUAACCUUGACCUCUAACCUGUGAUUCCCCCCAGCUCCUGAAAGAGAUGUCCUAAUAUCUCUUAGGGACCCAGACCCCUAAAUUCUCCUCCUCCCCCAUUUUGGUGUUAAGGUGGAGAGGGCAUGUAUCCUCUGUCCUGAUCUAGGUGUCUGUAGCUGAGGGGUAAGAGGUUGUUGUAGUUGUCAUGGUGCCUCCAUCAGACUCUCCCUACUUAUCCCAUAUUUGCAAGGGGAGGGAUUUGGGGCUGGGGCUCCAUUUACCAAAGCUGAUAUGGCUUCUCAUUAACCCUUUAGGACUCUGAAGGGUAUGGACCUACAUGAAUGUGUGUCAGGGGGAGACUUGCUGGUGGGUUAGUGCUCCUCAGGAUGUGAUAGAAACAUCCAGGGUGGAAAAAGGAAGUUGGAAUGGGAAUUGGUGGGCAAUGAACAAGUGUCGGGGAAGGAUUGGUGCUGGGGAAACAGGAAGGGGCCUGGGGCCAUUUGGCUGCACUAACUUUGGUAGCUCUCAGUGUGCAUCUAGAGUGGGACUGGGGAGGGAGCUAAGCUUGGGCUGGGCUACUUGGGGCUUGGCAUAGAGGUGGAAAGGGCUAUCCUGGGGCUCUGACCACACUGUAUUAUGUGUGGAGGGUGCCCUCCUGUCUCCCACAACUUCUGCUAUAACAAUAAACUGUAGAUGAAUUUGAGUACCAUUA